AUGUCGGCCAUCGGCUCCGAAGCGAAGCUAUCCGAACCGGAAGAGUCGCAGCUCUCGGCGCCUCCUCCUCUCAGCGACCUGGACAGCUCCGACAGCGACAGCGAGUCAGAAUCAAAAGAGGCGGAACAGGAGACGGAGGCUGAGCCCGUAGAAUGGCUCGCCACCUCACGAUCGCGCCGCGCCACGGCUGGCAAUCGCAUGAAGUCGAUGCUCGCCAACGAAGAGCCGGAUUCCGACCUCGAACUGCUAUUUGCCGAAUCCGAGAAUGACCAGGGCUUCUCCGACGUCGGUGAUGACGCCUCUGACGUUCAGAUGGACUCGUCGUCCGACGACGAGGACGAGAACAAUGCUGGCGACGAUCUCGAGGGCGAACAGGAGCUCGAGCGACAGGCUCGGGAGCGGCGCGCAGCCCAGCGGAAGCGAAAGGCCCAAGAUGCCAUCCCGGCCAAGUUCAGAAAAAAGGUCCGCAUCAACCCGGCAGCAUCAGACACCUCAACGCCGGCUCCCGCGCCUCGACCCAAGAAGAAAUCCGAACGCACUUCAUGGCUGCCCUCGCCGGCCGAUCUUCCCACUCGAGCAUCCUCUCGAAAGACGACGCGCAUGUCCAAAGAGCAGCUGCACCAGCAGAUGAUUGAGCGAGAAGAGCGGCGGCUGAAGCAGCUGGAGCAGAUGCAGAAAAAGGCGGCCAAGAUGGAGGCACUGAAGAAGCCCCCCAUGACGCAGGAGGAUCGACUUCGCGAGGCUGCCAUCGUGGAGAAGCGUAACAGCAAGAGCUUGAAUCGAUGGGAGGUGGCUGAAAAGCAGAGGGAAGAGGAACGAAGGGCAAAACUAGCGGCUCUCAACCAAAGAACCCUCAAGGGUCCGGUGAUUACAUUUUGGACGGGACUGGGCGAGGCGCGACGUGUUGUCAUCGAGGAAGAGAAGCCAAAGAGGAAAAAGGUAGAGAAGAAGCCCAAAGAAGCCGAAGUUGCGAAGGACGGGGCUGCCAACCCAGCAGCAGAUAAGCAAGGCAAAGGAGAUCAGCAACAGACAGAUGCUUCAGCGAAGGUGGUACCUAGUAGUGAUGUGUAUGCCUCUGCUCUCCAGCCCAAGGCAGAUCCUACGGAGCCGCGGUCAAAAGAGGAACAAACAGCAGCAGCAACCGAAAGCAAAGUUACGGACACAACGCCUCCGGUGAAACAAGAAGACACUGAGGAGAACCUCAAACCCCAAGAGCCAUCAAAGCCAUCUCCAGACGCAUCAUCACGGCCUCCUAGCGAUGUUGCUCCUCCCACCGCUGCCACUACUACCGCUGCUUCAGGUGCCAGCACCCUCGCUGCCCCGUCGAACGUUCUCUCUCCUCCUCCUGCCUCUCCUGCAGUUACUACUCCUACUGUCGCAAAGCCAUCUGAAGAACUCCGCCAGCCAUCGAUAGCCUCACCUCCACCACCACCCCCAUCUCAUAGCGGUCUGGCUGCACCGGCGGCCGCCUCACCCUCUGGACAACCUCGUCAGAUGUCACCGUUGGCGGCGCCCGCAGGUAUUGGCAGCCCGCGACCUAUAGAGGCCAGCAAGCCAUCUUCCGUACUCGCGCCCCCUAUGCUUGCCCCUCCGCCAGUCAUGAGCAUGGACUAUCGCCCCAGCCCGGCACCGAAAUCCAAUGUCCUCGCGCUUCCAUUACCUCAGACCACACUAGCACCUCCAAUGCAGGGUCAACCCCCUCCUGUUCCCAUGGCUGGUGCUGUUCAUAUCUCAAACGAACCUGUUCUUCGACACACCGUUCUACGACCUAUCAAUCCCGAUCUCGAACCAAUCAGCAAAUCGGCGAGCCCUAGCCUUUCAGAGCCACCUUCACAGCCUGCUCCUGCUCCUGCUGAGGUACAAGCCCCUGAGACCACCACUCGCAAUGUCAUCAUCUUUCAGAACUUUGAUACAAAUGCCAUUCAAGACAAGACUAUACAGACUCAGAUCUUGUUUGGUCGCAAGAUGACGAAGCUCAACAAACCCCCUUCUAGUCAGAAUUGUGUCAUUACAAACCUUCCAGCCCGUUACCGUGACCCUGAUACUGGGUUGCCGUACCACAACGUUGCUGCCUAUCGGGAGCUCCAGCGUAUCAAGCGUGGAGAACUGAGUUGGAGCGCAAUUCUCAACGCCUGGGUAGGCAGUGAGAAGGUGGCUGCUCGCGGCGUACCAGCAAGAUUCCUCGACCCAAAUGCGCCGACUAAGUCUCCUGAAGAGCGGGAAAAGGAAAGGUUGGCUCAGAUAAGGGCUGUUCCGCCGCAGCCUCAACCUGUGCAAGUCCAGCAGCAGCAUCCUCAACCUGUGCAGGUGCAACAACAACAUCAGGGGCCGCCGGCGGCAGUCCAUCGGCCUCAACUGCCAUUACAUCAGCAGCAGCAGGUCCAUCAGCAGCAACUGGCAAAGCCUCAGCAGCUACAGGCACCUCAACAGCUCCAAAACCGACCAGCAUCAAACCUGCAAGCUCCAAUACCGCAACAGCAGCAGCAGCCGCCGCUAUCACCCCCCAGCACGGCCCCCAAUGUUCCUCCAGCAUUGGCUCCUCCACAGCAAUCCCCUCUCAAAGUACCAGCACCACAGCCGGCGCAAACAUCACCGCCUCCGGCUGUUCAAAGCCCUGCUCAAGCAGCAGUCCCCUCUCCUCAACCUCAACCCGCAUCUCAACCUCAACCCCAAGUUCAACCUCAACCUCAACCCCAAGUCCAGCCUCAAAAAGAACCUACAGGUGCGCCGCAAGUGCCCCCUAUUCCACAACAAGCGGUGCAGGCAACGACCACUUCGACUCAAUAA